AGAAUAAAAAUUGUGUGUUUUCAAGAUACAAAAUGGCCGACCGUCGUUGCUCGACCGUUGAGAAUUUUUAUUUUUAUGUUGGAAUACAACCACGGAGAAACUUCAUGUUGCUGUUUCGAGAAGCGUUCAAGUAUGGAAAUAUAACUUAAUUUUGGACAUACUGGGUGUUGAAGUACAGUCAACGACAAAAUUAAAUUCUAAUGAAGAAUAACAAGAUCAAAAGUUGAAUGGAUAUUACAAUCAUCUGAAAACAAGACAAAAACGUUUACGGAAGACAACAAAAUUGUCGUCUCCAACUUGACCCAUCACGUAGCCUACUUCACAGCAUCUAGUCGUUUUAAAAUUUCUUGUCACGCAACCAGGAAACCAUUUUGUGUGUUUGAGACUGUCUAAAGAUCAAGACUUUGAAAGAUUCACUGCAAGUCAUGCAAAGAAAUUUAAAUCCAGAGUGAAGCAAUUGAACCUCAUCUACCAUCAACUAGAAUUAGAAUACAUCAACGAUAAGAAUGAUUUUUCCACAUUGUUUAACGCAAGUCUAGCAGCAAAUAAACGUGAGAGAACUCAGAAUCCCAGCACCAAAGUUGCAAAGAUUUAUACAGUUGAAGAUAAAGCAAGACUACAUCGUGUGCAAAAACCUUUCCAUCAAUCGUCGGUGUGGAACAACGGUCAAAGAAAUAAGAUCAGAUUGCGAAAAAACAAUUUCUUAGUGAACUUACAAAAAACGGUUCAUCGUCCAUCGACGCAAACGCAUAAUCAGAGGUUCAACCAAAAGCAAAAACUUUCAACAACCAGAUAAUAUGUGUAGCUAUCAAUAUAUGUAUGAUGGCCACAAACGCGUCGACCCUGUUUUGUCAGACGAUAAUAACAACAACCCAUCUCUACGCUCGAAUGUUCUGUCAUCGGAAUUCUGCUCAACCACUGAACAGGGUCUGACGGUAUUAGCAAAGGCGGCCUUCGACUCACAUCGCGAUGAUCUGAGCGAUAAUUUUUGUCUCAAUGUAAACUCCGGUAUUGAGUCCGGGGAGCAAAAUUGCGAUGGGUUAGAAACUUACCUUAGUACAAUGCAAGGAAUAAGUUCUGUAGGCGAAAUUGGAACUGAGGUUAAUAGGAAUGCGAGUAUAAGUUUUGCACCAAGUGAUGCGGAAAUGAACCAACAAGAAAAAAGGCAAGGUCAUAGCAGAUAUGUUGGCAGUCCCGAAAAAGAUAAACAGUAUAUUGAAAAUCAUUCUACAUAUAGUAGCAAUAUAAGGGGAAGCCUAAGUAGCAACACUCUAGCCACGCAGUCAAAGUCACGUGGUGUCGACGUAAAUGCCGAGGUCAGUGGAAUUGAAAAUGGCGUAGCGUCUCACACGCAAGCUGGCAAUCGCAUGACUUCCAGAAGUGGUGCUACGGACGAGGCCAAAAACUUAAGCCCCCGGGCGAAUUUUGGGCAUACGAGCCAUGUUCAAAAGCCUGAGCAGAGCGUCGGAGAAUACGAUUCUCAACAGGACAAGGCAAAUACAAUAAUAAACGUACCGGAAGAAGGAACUGUUAGCGAAGAACAAAAUUUAAACUUAUUAAAAGAGGUGGGCAAAUCUACGGCCAGGUUGACGCAAGGUUCCGAUAUAUCCUCGGUAAGACUGUCAUCGUUAGUUCAGGAUUUAAUGUCUCCAGAUCAGAACUCAGGCUUCGUGCGCAGAUCAAGCGCAAACGACAGUUUUGAAUCGGGAAAUAUGCCUUCUGCCUCGAUAAACUCCGGCCCAAAUAUGUCAGUAGACAUGGAUUUAAACUCUAAUAAAGAAUUUCAUCAUCAGUCAAAAUCUACCGAUAAGAAAUCUGAGGCUGAUGAUCAUGAAUUAGUCAGCUGUGCACAGAAAGCCAUCAACCACGAGACCGAUGAUGAUAUGGAAAGUGUGCGGGUAAACGAGGCCACCGUUUUCGGCGAAGACGAUCGUUCUCAUAAUAAAAAGAAAAAUGGCGAGUCAGAUAAAAUAAAUUCCGAACACAAGGACAGCAACUCUACCGCAAAACACAUUUAUCCCUGGAUGAAAGAAUCACGGCAAAAUGCUAGACGAAAACAUAGUACAUCCAGCAAUGCUUCAAACAACAGUGACAAACCGUCGAAGCGUGAAAGAACAGCGUACACAAACUCACAACUUGUAGAACUGGAAAAAGAGUUUCACUUCAAUAGAUAUUUAUGUAGACCUCGUCGAAUUGAAAUGGCUCAAAUGUUAAACUUAACAGAAAGGCAAAUUAAAAUUUGGUUUCAAAAUCGCCGCAUGAAAUACAAAAAAGACCAAAAGAUGAAGAUAAUGCCCAUGAACUCUUUGCACUUGGAAGGUUCAUUUUAUCACCAACAUCAUCACUCGCAAAACACGAAUUCAGAAGCUUUAUUCUCUAGAAGUAAUGACCACAGACAUUAUUCUCAUUCAGGACACAUGCAUCAGAAAGAAAGUCCAUUUCGCUCAAAUCACGUCGAAGGAACUGCUAUGUUGCCUUCUGGAAUGGACUGCUCGUCGGGUGGGAGAUGCUAUCAUGGUCACAGACAUCAAACAAGUCAUUUUAAUCAAGAUUCCUCGAAUAUGAUUCGCCAACCUUUGCCUCGAGCUAACUCCCACCCAUUCGAUGUGAACAACAAAGUUUAUCCAAAUCCUAACCAACAAGGUUCCUCGGGAGGUCGAAUGGCUUCUCCAUCAUCAUCGUCUUCAACGGGUACACUAUCUCCGGGAAAUGGACGUUCGUCAGGAGGUUUUGGAUCAGAAGUGGGUGUGAGGUCGACGGCAAGCAGUGGAAGCGAGACCCAACCAUUAUCCCAAAGUGGCUGUGGUUUUCUUUCGCAUGCAGCAUCUCCAACCACAAAAGUCAGUGAAAUAGAUGAAGAAUCUUCUGUUAUUCAUAAUAAAAACAACUCCACAGAAUAUUUACCGGAAACUGAUUCUCGUCGUUUUAGAAAUCGUUCAAGUUACGAUGCAGCGAUGACUUCACAACUACCGUCUUUUCCAAGAGAAGUAGACAAUGCAACAACAAUAGCUCAUUUUAAUGGCGGAUCAUUUGCAAUGCCCAAACAAUAUUUAGAUGGAAUGUAUGAAAGAACAAAGAAUUCUGCCCAUGAGCCCGUUUUUGCAGAAUCAAAUCACUUGCGCGGCUCUGAACAUGCCGGUUAUGCACAAUUUCAUCAUCCAUUAGAAUCCUUAUCAGAUUGCGUGCAUCGCUCUCCGCGAGAAUUUGCCCAACAAAGAUUUGCUGAACGCAUGUUUGCAAAUAACGUUCGCAACUUGCCGCCUGACGCAUAUCACGGUGCAAGUUCUCGUUUAGUAAAUGGGACUUACAGAUCUAGCGAAAGUUCCCCACUCGAUUUUUCAAGGUCAAAAUCCGGCAACGGUCCUAGAUCGCAGGUUGCCGAGGCCUAUGUAAACAACCGUCUUACCCAUCUAUAAUCUGAACUAGUCAUUUAACGUAUCUUAACAUAAGUUCCUCAUAAGUAUUAUUGAUGUACCUAGUUGUGCGUUUCUAGAUGUUUUCAAUGUAUUUCAUUUUGAUAACUUUCUCUCUUCAAUAUUUGUGUAAAUUUAUAAUUGUAUGUUGUAUCGUUAAUGAGAUUCUUAAUCUAGUGGACGAAUGGUUUCAGGGACAAUUGGCCAUCUGUGAAGUGCAAUUUUUUCCAGACGGUUGAAAGAAGUUAUUCAAACAAAAUUGGUUUAUACACGAUUUCACAAUGUACGGGAUCUAAUAUUUUAAGCAAUUAACUCUGGAAAUAUAUAUUUUUGAAUUUUCUUAACAAUAAGACGAAAAGAUAUACUUUCUGCACAAAACACGAAUAAUUUAUAACUAUUUACUUAUAUUAACUUUUGUUCUACUAUUUUUUCAUGACACGUUAUCUUCAGAAAAAAUUGUUUUGAGUUUUUUUGUUGACAAUAGUUCAAUAUUACUGGGGCUUCCUUAUACGUUUUCAUCUUGCCUGCCUUAUUGUUCGACUUCCAGCUUCAAAACACUGCUUCGUAGUGACUAAUUAAACAUAUUUUCAAUGUUAUCUAUAUACUAAAUAAAUGUGUACAG